AACUUAGCCGGCAUCAUGCAGAGGACCUUCGCCUGGCUGUUAGACCGGGUGCGGCAGCUGGGUGCCCCGGUCACCCUCCGCGCCUCCUAUUUGGAGAUCUACAAUGAGCAGGUUCGAGACCUCCUGAGCGGAUCUCCCAGGCCGCUCCCUGUUCGCUGGAACAAGACGCGGGGCUUCUAUGUGGAGCAGCUUCGAGUGGUGGAGUUUGGGACCCUGGGGGCCCUGAUGGAACUAAUGGAAAUGGGUCUUAGCCGGCGACGGACCUCAGCUCACACCCUGAACCAGGCCUCCAGCCGAAGCCACGCCCUGCUCACACUCCACAUCAGCCGCCAAACCGGGCCUCCAGCGGACCCUGGGGAGCCCCCCACUGGCGGAAAGCUGUGCUUUGUAGACCUGGCCGGCAGUGAGAAGGUGGCGUCCACUGGAUCCCGGGGGGAGCUGAUGCUUGAGGCAAACAGCAUCAACCGCAGCCUCCUGGCCCUGGGUCACUGCAUCUCCGUGUUGCUGGACCCGCAGCGGAAGCAGAGCCACAUCCCCUUCCGGGACAGCAAGCUCACCAAGCUGCUGGCAGACUCUCUGGGGGGGCGCGGGGUCACCCUCAUGGUGGCCUGUGUGUCGCCUUCAGCCCAGUGCCUUCCUGAGACUCUCAGCACGCUUCGAUAUGCAAGGCGAGCUCAGCGGGUCACCACUCGGCCACAGGCCCCCCAGUCACCUAUGGCAAAGCAACCCCGGCAUUUGGAGAUGGAGAUAUUGCAGCUUCAGGAGGAGAACCGUCGCCUGCGGUCCCAACUGGGCCAAAUAGACCCCAAGGCAGCCUCAGGGCUCAGUGGGCCCCGGGUAGCCUGGGCCCAGCGGAACCUCUACGGGAUGCUACAGGAGUUCAUGCUGGAGAAUGAGAGGCUGCGGAAAGAAAAGGGCCAGCUGCAGAGUAGCCGGGACCGGGCCCGGGAUGAGCAGCGGGUCCUGGCCCAGCAGGUGCACGAGCUGGAGCGGCGCCUCCUCUGUGCCUGCUCCCUUCAUCAGCCCAACCCCAGCCCAGCCCCACCGUGCCCCUGCGUGACGGUGCCAGCUCGCCCCUGCCAUGCCCCGCCGCCCCUCUUCUCCUGCCCCUGCUGUCACCUGUGCCCCUUGUGCCGAGCGCCGCUGGCCCACUGGGCCUGCCCACACAGGGGGCUCCACCUGCCGCAGGUGUUUGGCCCUGAGGCCCCAGGUGGCAUGCCCCUGUCUGCUCAGGCCGCACCCUGGGCACCCCCGUGCUAUCCUGGCUCUGCCAAGUGUCCGAGAGAGAGGAGCCAUAGCGACUGGACUAGGACCCGAGUCCUGGCAGAGAUGCUGAUGGAGAAGGAGGUGGUACCCUCCGCACCGCCCCUGCCCGUGGGGCCCCCGAAGGCGUCACCAGUGCUGAGAGUUCACAGCUGCUGCGGGGAGAGGGACGGUGACUCCGCUGUCCCCACACUGACUGAACUUGUGAGUGACCCCGAGGCAGGAGAGCCCAGGACCAUGUGGGGUCUCAGGGCCCUGUUUCUGCUGCUCACGGCCUGCCUGGCGGUGAGUGCCAGCCCCGUGCUGACGCCGCCCGAAGACAUCCAAGUGCAAGAGAACUUCGCUAUCUCUAGGAUCUAUGGGAAAUGGUUCCACGUGGCCGUGGGCUCCACCUGCCCAUGGCUGAAGAAGUUCAUGCACAGGAUGUCCAUGAGCACGCUGGUGCUGGGCGAGGGGCCGACGGACAAGGAGAUCAGCAUGACCAGCACUCGUUGGCGGAGAGGCACCUGCGAGGAGAUCUCGGGGGCUUAUGAGAAAACCGACACUGACGGAAAGUUCCUCUAUCAUAAAUCUAGAUGGAACAUCACCAUGGAGUCCUACGUGGUCCACACCAACUAUGAUGAGUACGCCAUCCUUCUGACCAAGAAAAUCAGCCACCACCAUGGGCCCACCAUUACCGCCAAGCUCUAUGGGCGACAGCCACAGCUUCGAGAAAGUCUGCUGGAGGAGUUCAGGGAGGUUGCCUUGAGUGUGGGUAUCCCCGAGGACUCCAUCUUCAUGAUGGCCGACAAAGGUGAGUGUGUCCCUGGGGAGCAGGAACCAGAGCCCUCUCCACUCACGAGAGCCCGGCGGGCCGUGCUGCCCCAGGAAGAGGAAGGAUCAGGGACUGGGCAGCUAGACACUGAUUUCAGCAAGAAAGAAGACGCCUGCCAGCUGGGCCACGCAGAAGGCCCUUGCCUGGGGAUGGUCCUGAGGUAUUUCUACAAUGGCUCCUCCAUGGCCUGUGAGACCUUCCAAUAUGGCGGCUGCCUGGGCAACGGCAACAACUUCGCCUCAGAGAAGGAGUGUCUGCAGACCUGCCGAACCGUGGCGGCCUGCAACCUCCCCAUAGUGACCGGCCCCUGCCGCGGCUUCGAGAAGCUCUGGGCAUUCGAUGCCGUCCAGGGGAAGUGCGUCCUUUUCGUCUACGGCGGCUGCCAAGGCAACGGCAACAAGUUCUACUCGGAGAAGGAGUGCAAGGAGUACUGUGGCGUCCCUGGCGAUGGUGACAAGGAGCCGCUGCCCAUGGCCAGCUGACCGGUCUGCAGGCCACAUGGUGGUGGGGAGGGCGCGGGCCGCGUCUGCCCCGGGGUCCCCAGCAGGCCAGGCUGGGUGACCCAGGUUCAAAUAAAAACCAAAUCAUGGACUCCUGAAA